UAACACAAUCAAGGUGCUCCCAGCACCCAGAUGUCCAGUGUGUGUGUGGGAAAAUGAGGGCACCUCGCUGUGCUUGGCAGGACACAAUGAUUCACAGUGUUAGCGUUGACCCCUGUGCUUUCAAGCUCAUAUCUGUACAUCUCCAGGGUGAUUCCAGCCAGACAGACAGGUUUCCCAUAACUCCUCAGAGGGGUAUCAGCUCAGAGAACACAGUGGCAGGCAGGAAGCAACGGGAGCAGUGGGAAAAGCCGGGUUGUGAUGUUCUGUGCCCCGAGGGCCGCAGGUGGGGGUCAGUAAACCUCACCCUCCUCAUCCUCAUCCCCUUGGCUUCAUCCCCAUCCACGCCUGUCGCAGGGGCAUGCGCAGGGCUCACCGGGGCGCCGCCAUGCUGUACGGCAGGCGCAGAUCCUCGAGGACUUCCUACUGGUGGAAGAUGCGCCUCUGCUGGAGAUGGCCGAGGAGGAUGAGGAGAUCGACCUGUACAAUGAGAUGACUUUUGGGUUAGACCGAGACUCCACAGAGGAUACUCUAAAACUCCUGGUGCCACGGAAGACGAGCCCUGAUGUGGCUGAAGCGGUGGUAGAGGAGACUGAAGUUGGGGACGAGCUGGGGCCUGGAGCGGCUGAGCAGCCAGAGGAGCUGGGAGAGCCCCACGAGGAAGGUGGGACAGAGCUGAAGGCGGAGCAGGUUGGCUCUGAGUUGAAGGAAGAGGAGGAGGAGCUGGGAACUGAAGAGCAGGAGCCCUGUGAGGAGCCCAAUGACCUGGGAGACCCGGCAGUGAUGAGAGCCGUGCAGAGCAAACCCACGCUGGAGAGCCAGGACUCGGCGGUGCUGGACAGCAGGAUUGGUGCUUGCUGGGCAGAGUUUGGCAAGGAGGACAUGCUGACAAUGGAUCCUGGGACGUGGGGCUCCUGCCCUGGCAGUGUCUCACCCCACCACGUGCUGGAGGAUAAAGCCAUCCUCCAGGUCCUGGAGAGGCCCCCACCAUCCACCAACAUGGCCUUCGACUUCCUUGGCUCCCAUGUGCAGAGGGGCUUUGGGGACUCUCCCCGGCUCAAGCACCCUGACUUAAGACUGAUGUCUCCCAAGUCCUUUCCUCAGCGCUUUCUCCAGCAGCAGGCGCCCCUGAUGCCUCCUGGCUCCCCAUGCCCCCCUCGUCCCUUCCCGCUACCUCGCAGGCCCCCUCCGCUCUUCGCUUCCAACCAGACUGCAGGGUACACGUCUCCAGCCCCUUUCCAGCCCGGGUCCCCCACCAUGGACAGCCCACUGCAGCCCCUGGCCAUGCACUUUGGGCCCAUGUCCCCUUCCUUGGACCCUGCUCUCUUCUUCAGCCCCUCAGCUAACAGCCAGCUGAACCUCAGCACGCCUAGCCACAUGACCCAGCUGCACCCCCAGCACCAGCGGAUCCUGACACAGCGGCAGCAGCAGGGCAGGCAGGUGCAGAGUGUUUCCCCCAAGAAGCCAUGGUCUCCUAAAAUGGACCCUCACGCUGGGCUGAUGACCUCCAAGGAGAAGGACUGGGUUGUCAAGGUGGAGAUGAUCCAGCUGCAGAGUGAGAACAUGGAUGAUGACUACUACUACCAGUGGUACUACCACCAACUGGAGCGCAGGCAGGAGGAGGAGGAGCUGCUGGGUGGGCGCAACAAGCUGGACACCCCCAAGCUGGUCACACCGUUCAUCCAGAAAGUGGAGACCUAUGACUCUGUGGUGCGCAUUGCUGGCUCGCUGGGCCAGGUUGCUGUGUCCACCUGCUACAGUCCUCGCCGGGCCAUUGAUGCUGUGCACCACGCCCUUGUGGAGGAGGCUGCAGGGAGCCACCGGCUGCGGGCACUGCACAGGAUUGAGAAGCUCUUCCUGCAGCUGCUGGAAGUGGAAGAGGCACGGCGGAAGAUGUCCCUGGCCCUGGGGGUGGAGCAGGAGCAGCAGAGCCAAGAAGUAGAGAGUCUCUACCAUGCCUUGAAAAUCAGGGCUUGCAGCAGCGAGGAGGAGGCAGAGGAUGAAUUCCUGCAACUGCUGUGUGUGAGGAAGGGCAAGAAGCUUGUGGCCCGGCUGCUGCCCCACCUGACCCAGGAGCAAGGGGAGAAGAUCCUGCUGACCAUCACCCACCACCUGCCCUUCCUCAUGAAGAAGGACGUGCUGGAUGAGUCUCUCCCCCUGCUCUACAGCCCACUGAAUGAGGUGGUGGGCGGGAUCCCCUUCAGCAAACUCAUCGAGGUCCUGCAGGAGCUGACCCGGCCUCUGCCUGAGUGCCUUGAGCUCCCCCUUGCCAUGGCCUUGAAGAACCAGUUUGGAAUCUCCUUGCUCUACUCCUUGCUGAGCCAUGGGGAGAGACUGCUGUCAUCGGAUGCGCCGCUGGAGCCACGGAGUGGGGACUUUGAGGCUUGGACAGACAUGGUGUACCUGGUGGCCCGGGAGCUGUCGCAGGUGCCCAAGGCCUCACUGGUGGAGCCUCUUUUCUUGCCCAGCAAUCUUCUCUCGCUCUUCUGCCGCUACCUGGACAAGCAGACUGUCCACCACCUGGAAGCCAAGAUGGAGUGUUCCCCACUGCCAUCGGAGGCUGCCAUGUUAUGCUGAACCUCAGGAGCUGGGAAGGGGAUCUGGGGCCAGUGGUGCUGGGAACAGGCAGGGCCCAAUGCCAUGGGUUUUGAGUUUGGAAGCAAACACCCUGGUGUAGGGCACUCUGGGUGAUGUGGGCACUGGCAGGGCCAGCUCUGGAGGGCUGAUCCCGCCCUGCCCCUGUGACUGGGAGCACAGAGAGGGUGUAACUUAUUUUGGCUUCAUACUUGGCAGCAGUGUCAAGUCUGGGGUCUGCACAGGGAUGCUGGGAGCACCUGGGGGGGUGGAAUUUGUGUAUAGCACUUAAUAUAAAAUAAAAAGGUGAUUAACCAGCUUCUCUGGCUCCUGUGGGCAGCUUCUGCUGGAUCC